AAUGACGACCGGGGAGGGUCCUGAAAAAGUAUAAAAGGGGCCAUUGUGUUUGAGUUGAGAUGAAUUCUUCUUCUUCCUUUCGUAUCACUCUUCUCCAGCAAGACUCAACUGCCUCUCCAAGUUUACAAUUGGCCUUUGUUCCAAAACCAAACACAUCUUCUUCAACUCCAAUCCACCAAGACUUAUACUCAUCUGCUACCUGUGGCAACCGGCAACUCUUAGUCACUUGUCUUAUACAUCACCACACACACCACUACCUUUCGAUAAACUCUAGCCCAUUCAUCUCUCCAAUUGGCCAUUAUUCAUCAUGUCUGGCUCAUUCCAAACUGCUGCCUACUCCAUGCCCAUGGCUGUUCCCUCCAAAGGCAGCCAAUACCCCACCUACAGUCAAUACUCCAGCUCCCCACCAGAAUGCGAUGACACUAUGAGCUCCGCCUCUGGUGUUCCCUCUGGAUAUUCCGCCACCUCUGCUGGUUACAUUGGUAGCUCUAGCGGCGACUACGAAAGCACCGGCUCCGCUAGCGGCGUCGACUUCCAGGAGUACAUGCAGGAGCGCUUCUCUAACUCGUUCGACCCCAUCCCUCUGGAUCGGAGCAUGGCAGUUCAAGCACAGACUUCUGGUAAACUCAAUGCCAAGCACCGUGAACUCCUGGAGCUGCAGAAGCAGGCCCAGGCUCGCCUUGCGAGAACCCGUGAACGCUUUUCCGAGGGCAUGCGGGAUGCAAGGGAAGUCCGCAACGACCUGGAGUGGACUCAGAAGAAAGUUUCAUCUCUCAACGCAAAGGCUGCUCGAAAGCACCCCAAGGAGCACGCGAAGGCUCGCCAGCGCUUUCCCUCCCCAGAGUACAACUAAACCGGGGAAAAGAUCCAUUCCUUCCAGACUGUUUUCUUUUGUAUUUUUCAUCAAGACUACCUUUUCCGGCGUUUUCACAAAAAGCGAUUUUCUUCAAUCUUUGCACCAACGGCUAUAUUCACGAACAAAAGUUGAGCCUUUUUUGCAGUCACAUUUUGCAUGACUCUAGGCGAUUUCAACUGGGGAGGAA